AUGCUUGUUCGCUCGUCCAGUGGCUAUCACAUUGGUGACAGCUUACGAAGCAGUUUAAGCGCUCAGCUGGCUGCACGAUUCAGUGCCAUGGAUUUCGACAGCAACGAUGGCACUAUCAUAAGAAAGCUGCAAGAAAAUAUUGAAGAAUUGGGGCAGCAAGUGCAACACUUGGAUUCGUUCAUCAGCAGAUUGACAGAAAGUGAGCAACAUCGCGAACAAUUCAAUGAGUUGGCUCACAAAGCCCAGAAAUUGUCGAAAGAGACAAAUCAGUUGAUGAAGCAGCUUGUUCAGCUCAGCAAUAAUAACGCUUUGCAGCAGCUUGAACAGGAUAUCGGAGACGUCAAUCAAAUUUUCGCUGAUCUAGCGCGUAUAGUUCAUGAUCAAGGAGAUAUGGUUGAUAGUAUUGAAGCGAAUGUAGAGCACGCUCAAAUUCAUGUGGAGCAGCAAAAGAGAGUCGACUAUCACUUCUAUAAGAAGAGCAUCAACGUCGAACAUUUGGCAUGUUUUCUGAUGAAUAUUCAGCUGGAAAAAUUCGAAAACGCGCAACAUGCGGGCUCCACAAAUAUUCAGCAAGCUGUGUAUUAUAAUCAGAAAGCGCGUCAGAAGAAGAUGCUUCUAUUUGCGUUCGUG